AGGAGACGCUGACGCUUCGUCUUGCUUUGCUCUUACAAGGCUGUGGGUUGACAUGCUGAAGUAGCAACCUCAUUUUCAGCGGAGCGGUUUUUAAGCAUAAAUUAGUUGACUACUUUAACGUUAAACCUGAUAACACAGACCAGCUCUAGUGUGAAGUCCUCAUGAGGUGAUGCUGCAUGUGUUGCGCUGUCCUCUGCAGAGGUCUCUCAUCUCUCUACAAUGGAUAUGUCUACGCUCCCCGUUCUCCACCAAGCCUCACUCCGUUCAGGGCGAGGACUCCACAGAGACCCGCCUGAACCCCCUGAACAUUCAGAUGCUUUCGAAGAACCUCCAUAAGCAGAUCUUUCGAGGGCUACAACCAGAAUACAGAGAGGAAGAUGUGGAGCGCAGCAUUGGGCAUUUGCAGAAACACCAGCUAUGGGGGAAGGAAACUUCACUGUUGCCCGAUGUAGAGCUGAAGCUUCCCCAAAUGUAUGGCAAAAAUAUUGAUGAGCACUUCCGUGUCUUGGCUGAGAAUCAGAGUCUUCCCUACCUUGAUGCUGCCACCAAGCUGCAUCAGGCUGAGCUCCCUCCCAUGCCACAGAAAUGGAGCUGGGAGGUUGGCUGGACACGCUAUAAACCCAAUGGGGAGAGUCAGAAGGUGGAUUUUCCAGAUGAGUCAGCACUGGUAUUUGAUGUGGAGGUGUGCGUGACAGAGGGACAGUGUCCCACGCUGGCUGUUGCUGUGUCUCCUACUAACUGGUAUUCCUGGUGCAGUAAGCGUUUGAUUGAAGAGCGGUACUCCUGGUCAAACCAGUUGACCCUUGCUGACCUCAUCCCACUUGAGACACCUGUGAACUCUGCCUACCCUCCUAAGGGCAAGUGGAAGAACAGGCUCAUAGUGGGCCAUAAUGUCAGUUUUGACAGAUCGUUCAUUAAAGAGCAAUACUUAUUAAAGGGUUCAAAGGUACGCUUCAUGGACACCAUGAGCCUUCACAUGUCCAUCUCGGGACUGACUGGGUUCCAGCGCACUCUGUGGAUGGCCAGUAAGCUGGGCAAGAGGAGGGGUCUUCAGGAGGUCAAGGAACACAUUAAGAAAGCUGGACAGAAAAGGGAGGGCCCAAUGAUCGGCUCCUGGGACUGGGUGAACAUCAGCAGCAUUAAUAACCUUGCUGAUGUCCAUGCACUGUAUGUGGGAGGCCCGCCCCUGCAGAAAGAGGCCAGAGAGACCUUUGUGAAGGGCAGCAUGAUGGAUGUCAGGAACAACUUCCAGGAGUUAAUGCAGUAUUGCGCCAUGGAUGUUCAGGCCACCCAUCAAGUCUUCACAGAACAGUUGCCCCUCUUCAUGGAGAGGUGUCCUCAUCCAGUGACGUUUGCCGGGAUGCUGGAGAUGGGUGUGAGCUACCUUCCCGUCAACCAAAACUGGGAUCGAUACCUGGAAGAUUCUCAGGACAUUUACGAAGAGCUCCAGAGAGAGCUGAAGAAGUCUCUGAUGACUCUAGCAGACGAUGCCUGCCAGCUGCUGCAGGAUGACAGAUACAAAGAAGACCCCUGGCUUUGGGAUCUUGAGUGGGAUGUGCAGGAAUUCAAGCAGAAGAAAGUAGCUGCCAGCAAGAAGAAACAAUUGAAAAAAGCAGCUGAAGCACAAGUUGCUACUCCUCUUCCAGACUGGGAAGAAGAUCCAGGCCCACCAUCCGAAGAGGACAUGGCAGGCUCUUGCCCCAGCAGGCUGGCUGUGGAGAAGCUGAAGGAAACGGUGAAUAGACUUCCUAAAAGAAGGCAACAUCUACCUGGACAUCCGGCGUGGUAUCGUAAGCUGUGUGAGAAGAUGUCUGAGGAGGACAGCUGGUCACCUGGAGCCAGUCUGAUCAGUCUACAGAUGAGACUGACGCCUAAGCUGAUGGGUCUGACGUGGGAUGGUUUCCCCCUGCAUUACACAGAGAAACAUGGAUGGGGCUAUCUGGUGCCUGGACGCAGGGAUAACCUGAUUUCUCAGGAGGAAAGCACUGGGCCUGUGUGCCCACACAGAGCUAUUGAGAGUGUUCACAGAGAGUACUGCGAGCAGAACAGCAAAGAGCAGCCUGAGUAUCUGGACUUCAACCCUUCAGAUGACCUCAUGUUGACAGACAGUGCAGUGUGGGCAAAGGUGGAGGAGUUAAGUUCCUUUGAAAGUUUGACGGAGCAAAAUGGAGUCAGAAUGAUGAAAAAUGGGCAGAGGACGAAAAGCACGCAACAGCAGUCCCAAGACCCAAAUCAUCAGAACAGUCAGUGUCAUUAUCACCAUGGAAACGGGCCCUACAAUGAUGUGGAUAUCCCAGGGUGCUGGUUUUUCAAAUUACCUCACAAGGAUGGUAAUCACAACAACGUUGGCAGUCCUUUUUCAAAGGACUUUCUGGCCAAGAUGGAGGAUGGCACUCUUAGGGCAGGGCGGGAUGGAACCAAUGCUACACGAGCUCUGGAGAUCAACAAAAUGAUGUCCUUCUGGAGGAAUGCCCAUAAACGUAUAAGCUCUCAGAUGGUGCUGUGGCUGCGAAAGGGAGAGCUUCCUCGUAUUGUCAGCAGACACAAAGAGUUUAAUGAGGAGGGUCAGUAUGGUGCCAUAUUACCUCAGGUCAUCACCGCUGGAACGGUAACACGUAGGGCUGUGGAGCCAACCUGGCUGACUGCCAGUAAUGCACGGCGGGACCGGGUUGGCAGUGAGCUGAAGGCCAUGGUGCAAGUACCACCUGGCUACCACCUGGUCGGAGCAGAUGUAGACUCUCAGGAGUUGUGGAUUGCCGCUGUGCUUGGAGAGGCUCACUUUGCUGGCAUGCACGGCUCCACAGCAUUUGGCUGGAUGACCCUUCAAGGAAAGAAGAGUCAGGGCACUGACCUGCACAGCCGCACUGCUGAUACUGUGGGUAUCAGCAGAGAACAUGCAAAGGUGUUCAACUAUGGACGCAUCUAUGGUGCGGGACAGCCCUUUGCCGAGAGGCUGCUGAUGCAGUUCAACCAUCGCCUCAGUCAGACAGAAGCUGCCAGUAAGGCCAGGCAGAUGUAUGCCUUAACAAAAGGCAUCCGCAGAUACAAUCUGUCAGAGGAGGGUGAGUGGCUGGUUGAUGAACUGGGCAUUGAGGUGGAGAGGGAGGAAAAUGGAAGUAUCUCCCUGCAGGAGUUGCGGAGGAUCUCUAAACUGGCCUCAAAGUGCUAUCGGCAGAAGAGGUGGGAUAUCCUCGGCAAACGUCUGUGGGCUGGAGGUACUGAAUCGGACAUGUUCAAUAAGCUGGAAAGUAUAGCUCAUUCAGCCGAGCCAGCCACGCCUGUUCUUGGCUGCAGGAUUAGCAGAGCCCUGGAGCCCAAGGCAGUUAAGGACGAGUUUAUCACCAGCAGAGUGAACUGGGUGGUCCAGAGCUCAGCAGUGGACUACCUUCAUCUGAUACUGGUGGCCAUGAAGUGGCUGUUUGAGGAGCACCAGAUUGAUGGCCGGUUCUGCAUCAGCAUCCACGACGAGGUGCGGUACCUCGUCCGCAGUGAAGACCGUUACCGAGCAGCUCUGGCACUUCAGAUCACAAACCUGCUUACGAGGAGUGCAUUCGCACAUGCGUUAGGCAUGCAGGACCUUCCCCAGUCAGUAGCUUUCUUCAGUGCAGUCGACAUUGACCAGUGUCUGAGGAAGGAGGUGACCAUGGACUGCGUGACCCCCUCUAACCCCACAGGCCUGGAGCGAAGAUACGGCCUACUGCCUGGUGAAGCCUUGGACAUCUACGAAAUCAUCAACGUUACUAAAGGCUCUCUGAACAAAUAAAGGUAGUGCUUUUCGGACACCACGCUGUUGUUAUUCAGAACAGCAGCACCUGCACUCAACUGCCAAGAGGCUGUUCAUCGG